AUGGCCAUCCUCACCGUCGGCAACCUUGUGUUGCUCUCCGUCGCCUACGUCGCGUGGAAGGUGCUCUAUCAGAUCAUCUACUAUCGCUUCUUUCACCCGUUGGCAAAGUUCCCUGGCCCGUUCUGGGGUUCCGUCACCCGACUAUGGAUCACCUACCAUAACAUCAAAGAGGACGAGUGCCAAGUCAACCGGGAACUCCACCGCAAAUAUGGCCCUGUUAUCCGUAUUACGCCGACGAUGCUGCUCGUCAGUGACGCUACCAAGCUACCUGAAGUAUACUCGCGUAAUGCGAACAAAUCGAAGCAUUACAUUACUGGUAGCUUCGGUAAAACGGAGUCUCUGUUCAACAUGCAGGAUGCGCGCACGCACUCGCGCUUUCGCAAGAUUGCCGCGGCGCCCUACUCGUUUAGCAACAUCAAGAAGAUGGAGCCUCUUUUCGACGUGAACAUUGAGCGCUGGAUCGCCCAGCUGGACGAGCGCUUCGCCCGCCCCAACGCCCGGUUCGAUUUCGCUCCCUGGGCCGUCUACAUGGCCUACGACAUCAUCUCCGAGGUCGGCUUCGGCCAGCCCUUCGGCUUCAUCGAGCAGGGCAAGGACGUCGAAGGCCUGAUCCAGGGCUUCCACGACGGUCUGGUGCCCUUCGGCAUCAUGGCCCGCCUAUACCCCUUCACAAACUGGGUCAAGAGCACCUGGUUCGGCGAGAAGUACCUGAUCGCCUCUCCCGAACAGGACUCGGGCAUCGGCACUCUCAUGCGCUUCCGUGACAAGCUUAUCGCCCAGCGCUACAAGGAUAUUGAGAGCGGGACGACCGACGGCCGCAUUGACCUGCUGCAAACGUUCAUUGAGGCACGUGACGAAAAGGGCGAGCCAUUGGAGCUUGACUACAUCAAGGCUGAGAUCCUACUUGUGCUGCUUGCUGGCGCCGACACUACAGGCACCGCCUUCCAGGCUAUCAUACUGUAUAUCCUGUCAAACCCAGACGUCUAUGCCAAGAUGAUGGCUGAGCUGGAUGCUGCCACGCGUGCCGGUCACUUGUCAGCAAUGCCGCAGUACGAGGAGGUACUGCAGCAUUGCCCGUACUAUGUCGCGUGCGUCCGCGAGGCGAUGCGCCUCAACCCAUCAGCGCCCAACAUCUUUCCGCGGCUCGCGCCUCAGGGGGGCAUACAGCUGGAUGGCCGGUUCGCGCCUGAGGGUACUGAGCUCACAUGCAACCCGUGGUUGGUACACCGCGACGAAGCCAUCUAUGGACCCGACGCGGACGAGUUCCGCCCGGAGCGCUGGCUUGAGAGCGAGGAGCGUACCAAGGAGUUGCUCAAGUACAACAUGGCCUUCGGCUAUGGCGCCCGUGAGUGCCUGGGCCGCUACAUCGCUUGGAUGGAGCUGUUCAAGGGCCCGCUGCAGUUCUUCCGCACUUUCAAGCCCGAGUUCACCAACAAAGAGCAGCCUGCCCGUUACCUUGUCAAGGGCGGCGUGAGCUACUUCGAGGACAUGGGGAUGAAGAUUGAGCGCCGGCCGCAGGUACAGCGUGUAUGA